CGUUAAUUAUUGUCGCACAUACAUUAAAGGAAUUAGUAAAAUCUUAUUUAAAAAAAUUAAUAAUCUAAUCAUGGCUGCGUUUUGACAUUUACAAUUUAUGACUAGGGUACUUUUUUGACGUUAAAUCUAUGGUGACAAUAAGGGAAUUUUCGCAAAAAUAAUAUCGGUGUAAAUAUAUAUAUUUUUGAAGAAUAAAGUGAUACCUAUGGCUUGUAAUGAGUGACUUAAAACGUGAGCACCAUCCGUUACUAUGCGAUGAAUAUUCUGAUGAAGAGAUUCGUGUUCAAGAUAGCAAUCCUCUCAAACGACUCCAUACAAUUCCGUACAGUGGUAGAGCGAGAUGUCAGGCUAGGGGAGCCGCAGCUAUUAUCAAACGCUGGCCAGAUCAUAUGUCCUCGUUGUUAAUGUACUGGUGGAUGGGCCUCGCAAUGGUUGGUAUAACUGUGUUCAUAAUUUAUAAUAGCGUCCUUGCUGUAGCAAUAAUCCCACCACACAGAUAUAAUAAAAUACAACAUAAAGAAAAUCCCGUUACUGAUACACCCAUGAAAUCUAUAUCCCAAAAAUCUGAUGUUUACAUGCACGUAAUUGUGGCUGAAAAUGAGACUAUAGAUAUUCCUUUUUAUUUAUCAUACAUUGAAAUAAUAUCCAAAAAAUAUCAUUCGUACCAGUAUAACCUAUUAGUGCUCAUUAACGAUACAUUCUUAAAUGAGUCAAAUUUAAGUGAUUAUGAAAAUAAUGAAAUAGCCUUAGAUUCAUUAUGGAAAGAAAAAAAAAUUAAAAUGAAAUCAAAAUCAUUUGACAAUAUACGCGUCCGCUACAAGCCAUUAAGUCAAUUUAUGGAUAAAUCACCUUUAAAAAAGUAUUGGAGACGUUUACCAAAUAAGUUUAUUCCAUUUUUUGUAAGAUGUAUUUCGAUUUGGAAUAAGGGUGGUAUUUCUAUCAAUCCAUCAGUUUUAACACCACAAUCACCGCAUCCUAAUUAUAUGUCAAAGGUGAAAAAUAUUUUAGAAAUAUCUGAAGGCUCUAACUAUUUUAAAAAGUCACCAAAAAAAGUGUUUCGUCCUAAAAUAAAAAAGAAAGUAAAUAAUAUUCGUGAUAUCAUUGAAGCCUUAGAAAACGACAAUGCAACUGAUUAUGAUCAGACACACCUUUCCUUAGAUGAAGAAGAAAAUGUAGCGGUAUCAAUAAAAGUUACCAAGGAUGACAAAUAUGCAAAUUUUCCUACAAAGUUAGUCGAAAUGGGGAAAACUAAUUCUGGCAUUAAUGACACGAGAAAAUAUAGUUUACUGCGCAGGCAAACACGAAAAAGCCUAGAUAUUUUUCAUGAUAUUGUCAACAAGAAGAAUCAAGCAAGUAAUGAAGAAGAUGCUGAAGCUAAAAAUAAAACACAUUACCAGAAAAUACUUCCAAUGUUUUUUAAAUAUAUACUUCCCAUUUCAAACUGGACUCAACCUGCUGAUGAUGAUCGGAAGAAAAAUGUACAUUCUAACAUUAAUACCACAUCCUAUGAUGAAAAACCAGUUGGUAGCAUCUCGAGGGAGACGAAUAAAAUAAAAGGUUCGGUCUCCGUCAGAGAACCACAAAUGAUGCCUGAUGAGUAUUUGAUUGAUAGAGUAAAUCAUACUGCUGUUAACAACAAUCGUUCGCCUGACUUAAGAAUUGAUUUGAAAGGAAAUAUUGUUGCUACCAACGUACCUUGCCAUGCAUUUUUAGGAACUAUAUUCAACAACGCAAUUCAUUUUAUUCGAGAAGAAACUGUCACUGAUUUUAUUAUCUCGGAGUUGUCCUUUUUUUGUAAUGGUGUUUGGAGCUCUUGUAAGGGAGUUGAUGUAAUUUUAGUGUAAUUUAUAUUUUAUAAACAUAUAGAAUAAAAUGAUAGUUUUAAUAAUAUUAUUAAUAUAAAAAUUUAUACUCUA